AUGCACGGCCUGGGAGGCAUGCUGCAAACGCUGGGCAGUCGGGCAGAAGACGUAGCAGCAGUGCACACCAUGGCCAUCAUUGAGGAGCAGGCUCCAGGGGCUGAUGCACCGAGCUACACAGUGUUUGACUUCUUGCCAGCCGAUGCCAUGGCGUUGAGGACUACAGCAACGCUCAUGGCUGGUGGCAGCGUGAAAGGGAUUCUGCGAGAGAGGCAGCUCAGACGGCUGCCGCGCAGGCGAUGCUCGCUCAUUGGCGAGGCAACCGUGCCUGAGGCAAUGCAAAUGGCGCGCUGCUUCAAUGAGAUUUGGCCCUGUGAGCUGAAGCUGCUGGUCAACGACUGCCACAGCCACACAGCGGCAUUGGUGCACCAUUUGACCGGCCAGACAAUCACGAUAGAGAAGAUUCUGCCGCUGCAGAGAUACCCGCUGUGGAUGUGA